AUGAAUCAAGGUGGAACGCCAUCCACGGCUCUGACACGAAUAUCAUUCAACUUAUUUGCAAAUAACGUAAUAAAAAAUGAUUCAUAUACUGAAACUCUUCCUGAAUUCGCUUAUACCAACCAAAAGAAGAAUAGCAAUCCAACGGUAACAAUAUCAACCGCCAGUAUUCGUGCCAUAAUAUACCAGUUACAAGCAUUGUAUUUACGUACACCUGUGAAAUUAUUUCGACCUUCUCGAUUUGAUUACUUAGCACAAGUUAGAGAACUAGCUGAUAGACAUGAUAAUAUUUCCGAAAAGCCAUAUCGAUUCAGAACUCAUUCUUCAAUUGGAAUGUUAAUUAAUGUAGUUAAGAAGGAAGGUUGGAGAUUUAUUCCUGACCAAGUACUUCCUCCAUUAAUAGCCAAUUCAGCAACUGGGUUGAUACUAUAUGGUACCUACUUGGCAACGUUAGAUCAUUAUAAUAAGCAACAUCACUUUCACACCCAACCUAUGCAUUUCAAUUGGUAUUCUCCGAUUGACACUUGGAGAGCUGGAUUUGUAGCUGGGGCAGUUCAAUCAUUGGCUGCUGCACCAGUUGAUGCGAUCUAUACAAGACUGACAGUUUCAGAAAUGUUAGAAGGAAAGCAUCAAAAUCUUUGGUAUUUUGGAUUACAUAAACUAAAAGAAAUUGGGGUGUUUGGGGUGUUUGCAGGGUAUGGAUUCUCUUUGAUCAAAGAAUCACUUGGGUUUGCAUUUUAUUUUUCAACCUUUGAGAUUAUCAAGACCGAAGGAUAUAAUUUGACUUAUAAUAUGAUACAAUAUUAUAAUAGAAGCGAAGAAAUUAUCAAAAGAAAAUUACAAAAAGUUUUUAAGUGGGAUGAAGAUCAAAUUGAUGAAAAGUUAGAAAGAUUGGAACGAUAUAGACUGGAUAGAAUUUUAAAAUCGACAUUCAUAUUACUUGCCGGAGCCUCUGCAGCAUUUUCAUUAUUGGCUAUACAAUACCCACUAUCAAAGAUUCAAAAGAUUCAUCUUUCAAGAUUGGAAGCGUUGGAUGUUUAUACUUCUUCAAGGCAUAUGUCAAAACCAUUCGUGAAGCUAUAUUAUAAUUCAUAUAUCGAAACCUUCCACCAGGUUUCUCGAAUGAAGCAAAAGGCAAAUGUUGACUGGUUCCAAGCAGCAUACAAAGGGUUUGCCCGAAAUGCUUUAACAACAAUUCCAGCCACCUCGGUGGCAUUGUUGGUAUUUGAAAUCAUGCGAACCAAAUUGGCUGACGAUUUCGAUGAUAAUCAGUUUUUACAACCAUAG